UUUGUGUUUUCAUAUUACAGAUACCUGGGGAACUCGCGCCCUAGAGCAACAGAGCAGGGGCUUGCUUGGGUCUCCUCCCUAUCAGGGCCCAGAAAAAGGGGUAGAAGCUGGCUUCACUACCAGCUUCCGCAGGCUCGGUUCCAGUAGCGCCUCCGCUUCUCCAGACCCUGGGCGCUUGCCUCUCUCCUCCCUUAGCAACAGGGAAGCUGUGGAUACCAACGGAGGGUGGGAGCCCGGGAGGCUGCGGGUAGCCCGGGCGCCCAGGGGCGGCGGCGGCCCAGCCCAGGUGCCCGCGCACAGGGGACCUCGGUGCGGAGCCACCCCUCGAGCGCGACUGUCGCAGCGCCAGCGCGCACGGGGCCCCACGCACCCACCCUCCGCACCUGCCGCGGGGUCCAAAAGGGAUCCUGCAAAAAUGAGCCAUUCUCACCCCGCUGGGUUACUUGCUGCAUAUAAUAGCCUUAUGGAUAAACACCUGGCUGGGUAUUUUAACAAUACAAGGAUAAGGCGUCAUCUCUUAAGAUCAGGACUGAUCACAAGAAGUGGAAGAAUACUUUCUGAAAAAGAAUAUAAACUAAAUAUUAUGAAGCGGGAUCAUCAAAAAUAUAUCCGGGAAUGCUUAGCCCAGGCAAUUUUUCAUAAAGUUCUUGAUAUGGAGCGUUACCAUCACCUUGAAAUAAAAAAGAAAUUGGAGACCUUAGCUAGGAAGGAGCGAAUCCAGAGGUUUAAGGGAGAGCACACAAGAAGGUCUGUUGAAAAUAACAUGCCAAUCCUAUCUCCCCACCCACCAGUUGGCCCAAAGACUAAUCGUGGCCAUAGUGUUCUGGUUGAUGAAGGACAUUCCAGUCCGUUAGCACUGACAGCCCCUCGACCAUAUACUGCUCCAGGAAAUAUGCAGCCUCCAAUUCGAUUACAGCCUCUUCCCAGUAAUCCUGCAGUAGAAACUGUUCCAAAGUUAACUUCAAGGUCCAGAUCAAAAACCUCAUUGCUGGAAAAUGAAGCUCUGUUUCCCAUUGGGGGCAAGAAGGCAGUGAUGAAGUUCAGGAACUCCAUAGGCAAUUCACAGAGAAUGAAUUCAUAUCAACUUCCAAACAUUAACAGUUACAUGAUGCCUAUUCCUCCUCCACUUCCCCCAAAUGGGAAAAUCACAAGAGAAAAUAGAUCUGAAACAUGGAGAAGGAGAAGAUUUCGUCCAACCACUGCUCCAAAUGGCUUAGAACCUCUUUUGACCAAGGAUUCAAGAAGGAUUCAUAAAACAUCCUUACAUAGUAAUGCAGCUAUUACAAUGAUCUAUUUGGGGAAAAAUGUGCACCUAUCUUCUGAUAAUCCUGACUUCCGGGAUGAAAUUAAAGUUUAUCAGCAGCACUGUGGUGGGGAAAACCUUUGUGUCUACAAAGGCAAACUACUUGAAAAAGAGACCUUUCAGUUUAUUUCCAAAAGGCAUCAUGGUUUCCCCUUCAGUCUCACCUUUUUCCUGAAUGGGAUGCAGGUGAACAGGUUAAGCUCCUGCUGUGAAUACAAGCAUCGAAAAGGUUCCAGGCUUGGAGGCAAACGAGGCUACUUUGGGUUUGUGUGUGUUGAGAGAUCAUCUCCUUGCUACAAGUGCAUUAUUGCAAUGGGCCUUGACAAAAAACCGUCUUUGCCAAAAUCUAGGAAAGAAAAGAGCACUGAGAAAGGAGAGGAACUGAAGAAGGCUGAGGGGAAAGUGAGGAAAGAGAGAGAGUAUGUGAUACCAAAAAGAAAUGAGAUCAAGGAGAACAAAACCUCUGUUUCAGCCAAUUUUUCAGCUCAAGAAAUAAAAACAGGGCUCAAAGAAGUGGUAACUGCUGUGGAGGAAAUGACAAGUAAAGGAAAACCAGGACAAGAAGUCUUGGAAGAUGACCAGGAAAAUACUUUAAAAUAUGAGUAUGAAGAAGACUUUGAAGUAGAUGAGGAGAAACAAGGUGAAAAAGCUAAUGAAGAAGGACAGGCUGAUGUUCAAAUGAAUGGAAUACCACAGUCACCUUUGGAUGAUAAAAAAGAUAAUUUAGACCCUGAAAAAGAGAGUGAAACCUCAUCACAGAAGGCACCAGAUGCCCAUGACAAUGUGAAAGAUGAGAAUGAUGGAUACUCUGAGAGUGAACUGGAAGAGGAUAAACAAGAUAUGAAAACUGCUUCAUCAACCUCAUCCAGAAGUCACCCUUAUUCUAGUGACAGUGAGGAUGAAUCUGCAGUGGGGGACAGGGAAGCCCACACUGACAGCAGCACAGAUGAAAGUGCCAGAAGGUCAUCUUCUCAGGAACUGAGUGAAAAUGAUAAGCCAAGAAAGUCUCACCUUCCAAUUGAGGAAUCCUUAGAAAUUGAAAUUGAAGACCAAGAAAUAACAAAAGCAGAUGUGGAGACCAAGCCGAUGCCAAUAGAGGAAAGCUUUGAGAAUGUUCUUAAAGAAGGAACGGAGAAAGGAACCCAAGAGAUUGCAGAGGGUUUAUCUGAGAAGUCCGGGAAACAUGUUUCUGCAGAAGAAAAGGAAAAGGAUAAGAGUAAGCUUUGGGAAGAAAGCACUGCUCAGGUGAAGGACAAAAAGGCAGGUCUCCCUGGGGUGGAGGAAGGUGGAAAGGAUUCAUUGCCAUUAGCCUAUGUCCUGGCUCUUGGUGCACCAACAAUGAAUUUCGUGGUGGAUGAAACAGCAGCAAUCAACUCAAACAAGGAAUCCCAGCAAUUGGCGCAAAAAACGCAUACACUGGAGAAGAAAGAAGCAAUGGAGGAAGAUGAAGCGCCCCAGCACAGAGAUGCUGACAUAGUACAGGGAAAAGGGGAGGCAGCACUGUGGGGAGAAGCAGGAGCUGUUCAUGAGGCUCCCUUGAGGGCGUGGAAGCCAACAGCAGAGCAGCCAGAAUUGGCAGAAGAGUUUACAGAAAAAAGGGAGAUCCCUCCAGGCAUAGAAAGGGGGGCAGAGGGAGCAGCAGAAGCAGAAGGGGUCAGAAGGCUGGGUGAAGGGGGGUCAGACCCCAUAGGACAAGCAGCAGCAAAAGAUGCUGUGGGUCUGAGUAAAGAUGAGGCUCCUGAAAAGCAAGCCUUGAUGCUUACAGUGCUUGAGACAGACAAAGCAGCUUCUGAAGGGGAACAGGGUUUGGAGAAGGCAGUGCUUGCAAAUAAAGCAGCAGCCCUGAACUUGGAGCAUCUUCAUGAAGUAGCAGCCCUGAGAGAGGCAGCGACAUCGGAGGAGGGAGAGGCUGAGGGUGGGGUGGCUGUGAGUGAUGUCGGAGAAAGUGAAGAGGAAGCAUCCAUAGACCUAGAGGACACAGGACCCAUGGAGGACACAGCAUCAAAGAGAGAGGAUGGUUCUGAAGAGGCAAUUAUUGGGGGAGAGGAACCAGCCAAAGAGAGAAAAGAGGUUAUGAGAACAGAAACACGCUUGAGCCCCUUCACAGGAGAGGCAGAGGCAAGCCGGAUGCAGGUUUCGGAGGGCAGCCCUGAGGAAGGAAGCCUUGCAAAGGAAGCCUUCCUUUGCAAGGAAGAUGUGGAAGGGGAAGAGAUGGUGACUGAGGCAGAAGCUAAUAGGGAAGAUGAUAGGAAAGAAAUUUUACCCAAGGAAUUAGAUGUAGCAAGACAGCGAAGGAAAGCUGAGAGGCCAAAAACAUCUCUGAGGAAAACUGACUCUGAGAGAGAAGAGGUGACAAGGGCAAAUGCACUCAAGGAUGAAGAUGCUUUUAAAGAAGAGCAAAAACUUAAAGCGGAAGAAGGGAAAACAGAGACGGAAGUAAGAUCUGAGGAAGAGACAAAAGCUCCCCCAAAUGAAAUGGGAUCUGAUGCUGAGAACGAAGCACGUGUGGAGGCUUCUGAGUUGUCUGACAAUCCAGGGCUUCUAGGAGAAGAUUCACUAAAAGAGACAGUGGUUCCCAUAUUUGAAGCAACGCCUGGAUUUGAAAAGUGGCUGGAAAACAUAACAGCUCUGAGGAAAGAAGGAGGAGGGGAAAGACUGAGCGAAGCCAGAGACACAGAGCACAAAGACAGAGAAGAGCUGUCCAGCAGGGAGAAUAGGGCCCUGAAGGAGGGGCACCGCCAAGAUGGAGAGGGGGCCUUAGCAGCUCCUGAAGCUGAGCCAGCAGGAAAGGUGCAGGCCCCUGAGGGGCUGAUCCCAGCCACAGGCCAGGCAGAGGAGCUAGCAGCCAAAGAUCACGACUCCUGCGCAGGACUGGAGGGGAGGGCUGAAGGGCAAGGAGGAGUGGAUGUCGUGCUAAGGACGCAGGAAGCUGUUCCUGAGGAAGAUCCCAUAAUGGCAGAAAAGUUCAGGGAGGAAGCGGUGGAUGAGGACCCAGAGGAGGAAGAGGACAAAGAGUGCACUCUGGAGACAGAAGCGAUGCAGGACAGGAACUCGGAAGGGGAUGGGGACAUGGAAGGAGAAGGAAACACACAAAAGAAUGAGGGCAUGGGAGGAGGAAGGGUUGUGGCUGUGGAAGUUCUACACGGAGGUGGUGAAACGGCAGAAACAGCCGCAGAGGAGAGGGAGGUGUUGGCAGGUUCGGAGACAGCCGAGGAGAAAACAAUAGCAAAUAAAGCCUCCUCCUUUUCAGAUGUUGCUGAGGAAGAAACCUGGCACCAACAGGAUGAGUUAGUAGGAAAAACAGCAGCUGCAGGGAAGGUGGUGGUAGAGGAAUUAGCACGGAGUGGGGAGGAAGUGCCAGCAGCAGAGGAGAUGACAGUGACAUGUACAACAGAGGCUGGGGUGGGCACUCCAGGAGCCCUGGAGGGGAAGACCUCAGGGCUAGGACAGGAGCAAGAGGGAGGGUCAGAGGGCCAGGAGGCAGCCACUGGGAGUGGGGAUGGGAGGCAGGAGUCGGGAGCAGCUGAAAAAUUCCGAUUACGAUUAUCACGGGUGGGAGAGAGGGAAUUGAGUCCGGAGAGUCUACAGGCGAUGGCAACACUUCCAGUGAAGCCUGAUUUCACUGAAAGCCGAGAGAAGCAACAGCAUAUGGUGCAAGGAGAAAGCGAGACUGCAGAUGUUUCCCCCAACAACAUGCAGGUCUAGGAGACUUGCUGGCAGACGGAUAAUUUAAAGAUGUCUUCUGAAGAUGUAAAGAGUGGAGAAAGAUUCACGCAAGCAUCUCACCAGGAUUCUUGAUUUUCUCUCUCUCCUUUUUAGUUGCUCAUUGCGCUUGUCUGAGAUGAUUCCCAAUCUGUCAGCCCUGGUCAGUAGCUCAGUAAGCACCUUGAGAAUAGCUCAAGUAGAUCUGUAGGACCCUUCUUAGGAGCAGUGGUUCCUCACGGAGAAACUUGUGAGGCUGUUACACAUUCUACACACCUAACAUUAUUUUCAAACAAAAAUGAUAAUUUUCAGAUGCUUGGCUUUUACCAAAGAUCACUGGAAGGCCCAGUCCUAAUGUUAGGGGUUUGUUUAAAGUCCUUUUUAUUUUACAAUACAGAGCCCCAGUCAAUUCCACAAUCUCAAUUUCAUAAAGGGGAAUUUUAUUUAAAAAUCUGUGGUUUGGGGCUUUAAUGAAUUGGCCUGUGAAAAUGAGCUCUAAAUUUCCUCCCACGUACACUCAAAACUCAAGAUUGCUCCAAAUCUCUAAGUUCUUCCAGCAAAAGAUUUCUUGGCAUGUAUAUUCACUUAUACUUAGAAAUAUUCAUUCUUUUAAUUUAUGCCAGAAUAACAAAGUGGAAAUCUUAUUUCAAAAUGCUCUUUGUUUUUUUGUGUGUGUUUCUGUAGUUCUGCUUUCUGGGGUAGACUAGUAAAAUGGUAGCUUCCAGCAUUUUGUCCCUGGGGCCUUAUUUAUAGGCCCACUCAAAUUUAAAUAAAAGUAGUAAAUAAUUUAGCUAAGUGGAAUAAGUAUAAUAAUUAUAGUGGUAAGCAUAGCACAUCAGCAUUAUGCCAACAUUAUAGACUCUUUAGUUGAUGUCAUUAAAUGGAAAAGAAACUUGGAUUAAAUGAGUGUGCUGCUCACCUUCCCAAGUUCUGUUAUUUCAAACCUGUGAACUAACCUUGCAGUUCAUUAUAAAUCAACAGUAACAAUUGCAUUCUAAAUUACUCCCUGAUAUUAUUUUCUAGUUGUGUAUCAGCCUGUCUCCUAGGGGUUUUCAUUUCCCUGAAGACAUACAAGUGCCCCAGAGCGCAUGUAUAUGUCUACCAUUUCUCUAUAUGAGAAGGUAAAAAAAAUUUCCUUAAGCAGUGAUUUUCCAGCCAGAAUAUACAUUAGAUUUUCAUGGGACGCUUUUAUAAAUGACUCAACCCUUUUCCCCACCCCAGAGAUUCAGACUUAAUUCGUUUUAGAUGGAUCUACACAUCAGUAUAUAUAUUUUUAACUUUUCACUUGAUUCUUCUCUGUAGCCAAGGUUGAGAACCGCUGCUCUAAAUCAUCAUAUAAUCCAUGCUGGCCACAUUACACUCAAGGUCCCUAGGGACCAGGUGUAUUAUCAUAGUAGGUAUUUUCCAUUUUAAUGUGUAAUGGAGCCAUUCAAUGAUCAAAAAUACACUGGACCAGAUAGUAGACUGGUCCCUUGAUCAGAAGCAUCAGCACAUCAGCAUCACCUGGAAAUUGUUCCCAGCCUUUGUCUCCUACCUACUAAAUUAGAAACUCUUGGUGGGUUCCAGUAAUCCAUAGCUUAACAAGCCCUGCAGGUAAUACUGAUGUACACUGAUGUCCGAAAACUGCUGUCAUGGACUAUUGAUUGUAUUGAGGAUUAGUCUCAGUUGGAAAGCCAACUACAGAGGCAUUUUGAACUUUCUUUCUUUGCCUCUCUAUGUCUCUCUGUCUUUUCCUGUCUUCUGAUUUAUCUUUCUUUCUCUAGUAAAUGGCACUCAAUAUAAAAGUGGUGGAGUCAAUCUUAAACUUAUUUUUAUUAUGAUUGUAUUGAUACAUGCACGAAGUCCCUCUGCCCUACUCCCUAUUCAAGGAUAUUACUCACUGCACAUCAUAAAUCUCCAUCAUCUGUCUUAAAGUUUUACGAGUAGAUUUCAUCUACAUUAUAUUCAAGUUCAUUUAUUACUGAGCUGUAUUACUGUGGAGCUCUAACAGUAUUUGUUUCCUGAUUUCAAACUCAAUGCUACAGAGCACUUUGAAUACAUCACACCUUAUAGGAAAGAUAGUAAACUUAUUAAUCCCAUUGAAAAAUUAGUUUUGUACAAUGUGCUAAAUAGUAUUGCAUUGGAUUACUUUUACAUUUAACACACUCCAUCAAAACAUCCCAUAACAUAAUUUUACAAUCUGCAUGUGAAUUUAACUGUGAAAUUCAGUAUUGUGAUAUUUUGAAUAAGUGAAUUCUUUCUCUGCAAAUACUAUGUUGAUAAAAUUACUUGUAUGUUCCCCUGAAAUGGUUUGUUUCCUGUUUCUUCAUUAUUAAAACAUAAAUCAAUCAU